AUGUUUGGUAAAGACUAUGAUGAUGAACGAGAAGUAAGUGAUGAUUCAAAUGGGAACGAAUUGAAUCAACCGGAAUUUGCGUCCGAAAAUUUGGAGCAAGUCUACAAAAAAAGUGCGGAAAUUGGCGACAAAGAUGAAAAUAGCGAUGAUUCAGGAUUCAAUUUUGCAGCACAGGAUGCUGAAAUACUUGCAGAAAGAGAUAGUGCCCGUUCAAGUCUAAUAAAACAAGCCGACAAGAUGUUACAAGCGUCUAAAGAGAGAUUUCAACCUUUGGAUGUUGGAAAGAACGUAAGAAUUCCAAUUAAUCCGGUUGAUCGACCAAAAAUUGGCCACCGAAAUCUUUUGGGCGUUGUCACUGAAGCAAUCGAUGGGCUUUACACGAUUGGGACGGCGAAUGGGACUCUACCACAGAAGUUUUCAAGUGAGACGGACUUCCUUGUUAAUGCUGAUGUGCCGGAAUGUUCAACUUCCUUUCGUGCCGCCAUCGGUGAUUCUUCUAUUCACGGGAAACAAAGCCAUAAACAUUGCUUAUGUGCUGGAAAAUGCUCAUCCGAUCGAUUUUCCGGGUUUGAACCAAACUAUUUGGAGUUUUAUGAAUCUGAAAAAUACACAAAUUAUAUGGAGUUAGCUACAAAAUUGUAUGAUGAGUUGUUCACGAAGAGAAGUUACAAUAAAUAUUUGUCACCGGUUUAUGAAGAGCUGGGAAAUGAAACAGAAGCAGAGUCUCCACCACUCUCCGUCAACUUUGACCUCGAAUACUUCAAACUGUUCAAUUUGACUUGGUUAGAUCCAAGAUUAUCUUGGAAACCCGAAGAAUUUGGUGGAAUGCAAAAUUUAUAUGUGAAUGCGGAUAUCGCUUGGAUGCCUGACAAUCAAUUUGGGAACGUAAAAUCCUUGGACGACAUUAUGCCAGGUGCUGGGAAAGCGUUGAAGUUGUCUAGAAACGGGAGUGUGCAGAUGAUGAGCGUCUUCUUUGUGGAGAUAUCGUGUAUUAUACAGAUCAAAAAUUUCCCAUUUGACAAGCAAACCUGUUUCUUACCGAUAAUGUCCUUCUCUUACAAUAGCAACCUUGUUGUGACGAAUGGUUUCGUCAAUCCAAACACAGUCAAUCGUUUACUAAAUGAAUCGGGCAAUGGAGAAUGGCAAGUGAAGCAAAUUGGGCAACGAUCUUAUCCCUUUGGAAGGCAACAAAUUAUGGAAUUAGUAGUUGAGAUGAAACGGGUUCCAAACUACUAUGUGUAUGUGAUCGCUUUGCCUUGUUUCAUCAUCACUUUUCUGGCAAUUAUCGGCAUGUUCUGGACAAAGAAUUUUGAGUCGGAACAGUUGGAAAAGCUUGGCAUCGGACUGACAAGUUUGGUCUCAAUGACGGUACUGCUGGAAAUGCUUUCGAAUUCGAUUCCAAAAACGGCCGUGUUUCCUUUACUUGGAAUAUAUGUGGUUUGCUCUGUCGGAAUCAUUGCCAUUGCUUGUCUCUUGAUAAUGGUGAUUUCAAAAAAAGAUCCAUGCAAGAAAUCGGCACUAGAAAUGAAGAAAUUACUUGAAGCUGAGAAUUCCCUUUCAACGAGAGAACGACAGCUCAAAGCACUCAAGGAGAAACUAUUUCAAAAUCAUAUCCUCCUACAAGCGAUUCUCCAAGCACUUAAUUGUAUUGGUUUCAUCGUUUUUCUAUCGCAUUGGGAC